GCCUGUGGCGCGGCGCCGACGGUAACGGUUCCCUGCCGACCUCCACCGCCUCAGCCCGGCCCGGCCGCCGCAGCGCGCAGCCCCCGCCCCCACGGCUCCGUUUCCCCCCGGGCAUCGUUGGCGAGGCUGUGAAAACAGCGUCGCCCUUAAGCUGAAAAACUGGCCAGCACAAUGGGAAAAAAGCAGAACAAGAAAAAAGUGGAGGAGGUCUUAGAGGAAGAAGAGGAGGAGUAUGUGGUGGAGAAGGUCCUAGACCGGCGAGUGGUGAAAGGCAAAGUGGAGUAUCUGCUGAAGUGGAAAGGCUUCUCGGACGAGGAUAACACGUGGGAGCCGGAGGAGAAUCUCGACUGCCCCGACCUCAUUGCAGAGUUUCUCCAGUCCCAGAAAACCGCACACGAGAGUGAGAAAUCUGAGGGGAGUAAACGCAAAGCCGAAUCUGACACAGAGGACAGAGGGGAGGAGAGCAAACCAAAGAAGAAAAAGGAAGAGUCGGAGAAACCACGAGGCUUUGCCCGGGGGUUUGAACCUGAGCGGAUCAUCGGCGCCACAGAUUCCAGCGGGGAGCUCAUGUUCCUGAUGAAAUGGAAGAACUCUGAUGAGGCUGACCUGGUCCCCGCAAAGGAAGCCAACAUCAAGUGCCCCCAGGUGGUCAUCUCGUUCUAUGAGGAGAGACUGACAUGGCACUCUUACCCCUCGGAAGACGACGACAAGAAAGAGGACAAGAACUAACCCACGCCUGCUCUGGCCAACCUUUGUAU